UAGGAGAAGAAGAAGAAGGAAGCGUCGCUAACAGUUUAGUUUUACACGGAAACGUCAGUUUCUGAAACAGUAAUAUUCUAGUAAUGUAGUCAUAUUUUGAUCUGAGUGUCUGGUACUUGCCCUGUCUGCCGACACAGCAUUAGUUAAGUAGCGAAACAGUAAGGAUAUUUAUGUUUCUAUAAUGGCACCGAGCUGCCUCGGCUAAGGUUAUAUAGCCCAGGUAAGCAACGGCUGCGAGUUGUUUUCGCUCGACUAGCUAGUUUUGUAGUAGCUUUUCUACGUAGCGUAAAAAAAGAGCUGUCACUUUCCAGUAAAUGGCCUGCACUUUAGAAAAAGUGCUGGCCGAUACUCGGACCCUUCUCGAGAGGCUAAAAGAGCACGACACAGCCGCCGAGGGACUGAUAGAGCAGUCCGAGGCCCUAAAUCAGAGAGUGCAGGGCAUGAGAGAGGUGGGAAAUGCUCUGCCAGACAAGCACACAGAUGACAGUUCAGAGAUACAGGAGCUCACGAAAUACAAACCUCAUGUCCUUCUGACUCAGGAAAACACUCAAAUCAAGGAACUGCAGCGGGAGAAUAAAGAACUAUGGGUGUCUCUUGAAGAACACCAGUAUGCGCUGGAGUUGAUCAUGUGUCGGUAUCGCAAGCAUGUGCUCCAGCUGAUGAUGGCAAAGAAGGAGCUGGACACCAAACCCGUGCUCAGCCUCCAUGAGGACCAUGCCAAAGAAGUGCAGAGCCAAGUGGAGCGGAUAUGCGAGAUGGGCCAGGUGAUGAGAAGAGCAGUGCAGGUGGAUGAUAAGCACUAUUGCUGUGUUCGAGAGAGGCUUGCUCAGCUAGAGAUUGAGAACAAGGAGCUGCGCGAUCUCCUGGAAAUCAGCAAGAGCUCUGUGAAGACAACUAGCCAGUCACUAGCAGCAGAAGAAGGAGAAGAAUCUCCUCUGCCAGGGUCUACCGAGUGACCUGAAGUACAGCUGGGAUGAGGUUCCACAGGACCAGGAGAGGGGGCUGAUUGUGUCUUCACCUGUGUUCACCACCACAUUAUAGAUAUUGUUAUUUUAAUUUUAUUUUUUUACAUGUAAUGAAAUGCAGUCCAGCAUGAGGUUAUCACUCACGAUACACAUGUACUGCAGCAAAGGCAGUAAAAGCAAAGGGGAUUUCUUUAGUUUUUAGCCAAAGACACUUUUAUUCUCCAAGGAUACAGUUUCUACCUCUUUGCUGUUCACACACACAAACUUUCACAGUGAGUAAAAAGCACCCAAAACCAGCCCAACCUUUGAGUUCACUUGAAAUCUAUUAAGAAGCCAACUUGUAGUCCACACCAUAUAAGAAGCUGUGCUUGCUGCCAAUAAGAUAACUUUUGGCAGUUUUACACUUUGCCUGCUGAGGAGUAACAGUGGAACCUUUGUUGUGAUGUUUUGGGUUUGAUAUGUUUGAUAGUCUCAAUAUAUAACAUGGUUUUCAUGUUUUGGUACCUUAAUUCUGUGUGUUAGACACAAGUUGUACAGUUUGCAGAUUCAGAGUAUUGCAUACCAGCUAAUGGCUCUUUGUUAGUGAGAACACUUUCAAACAUGCCAAGGUUUUUUGUGUAAUGGAUACCAUGUUUGUACACUGUAUGUUGUCAGAAACUGUAUUUUGUCAUCUUAGGAAAUCAUGUUAGAUGACUUUACGACAGUGUACUGAUUUGUGUCAAAUUAAACU